AUGUUGCGUUCCUCCGUUUCUAGAGUUGCCCGUGUCACUCCUGUCAGAUUUGCUCAAACACAAGCCCUAUCUAAGGCAUCUAUCGUCGAUUUACCAAACAGAUGGGAAGACUUGCCAGCUACUGAACAACAAGAUAUUGUCCUAAAGCUAGCUGAACGUCAAAAGCUACCAUGGACUGAGUUGACUAAUGUUGAAAAGCAAGCUGCUUGGUACAUUUCUUACGGUGCUUGGGGUCCAAGAAGACCAGUGCACGGUAAGGGUGAUGCUGCUUUCAUUGCCAAGGGUGUUGCUGCUGGUUUGAUUGCCUCUUUGCUAAUCUUCGCUGGUAUAAGACAACUAUCUGGUGAUCCACCAAAGACUAUGACCAAGGAAUGGCAAUUAAAGUCUGAUGAAUAUUUGAAGUCCAAGAAUGCUAACCCAUGGGGUGGUUACUCUCAAGUUCAAUCCAAAUAA